CACGCACCGCGCGCCGCGGACCGACCACACCGACUCACUGCCUACGACAUGUUGUCUCCCAUAUCUCGAUACAACAUGGAGAUCUCGAAAUCGCAAUUUUGGCUCGCUGCGGCAUUAUUAGCCGCCUGUGGCGUCUGCGCCGGUGCGGGAGUUAGGAAGCCGUUCACGCCGACCGAUUCCAUUUUGGACAUCAUUGAUACUGAACAAGUCGAGAAGAUUUUGGCGGCGAGGCACCGGGCGGAACAGGCUACCGCACCGCCUACGACUUAUGUGCAGCGGAAUGAGUUAGGAGAUGGCAGCGCUGAAGCACUGGUGGUGUCCGCUCCUGAUCAGGAAGACAUAAGGAAAGCUCUUAAGUCUUCUAAAAACGCCCUUGUGGUUACAAAGAAGGAAUACCUCAAGGAGGAUUGGUGUAAAACUGAACCGCUGGUGCAGAAAAUCCGCGAACAUGGCUGCAUACCGACCCAAGUGAUCAAUAGGUUUUGUUAUGGUCAGUGCAAUUCGUUUUAUAUACCGAAAGGACCUCGUCGCCGCGACAACAACGAGGAGCGUCCUCCUCCCGCUUUCAAGUCCUGUUCGUUUUGCAGACCAAAGAAGGUCACCUGGAUAACUGUGACUCUACGAUGUCCGGGACAAAACCCGCCGUUUAGACGUAAACGUUUACAAAAGAUAAAGCAGUGUAAGUGUUUACCAGUGGGUGUGAACUGACGAUAGCUCGUGGACAGAACCUCCAAUGCAGAGGCGGUGCAACCGUCGAGGAAUGCGAUCGAGGUACGCAUUCAGGAGCAUCCUUGAAAUAAGGAGAUCCAUCGGAGGAACGGAUUUGGUGGUUGUGAAUCGAGCGCUUAGGCAUUCGAAUAUUUUGAUGAUAGAAACCUGCCCUUUCGAUCGUGCGGACAGUAACUGGCUAAACAAAUUCAGAUCGCUUGCUCUCAUACGUCAAUACAGAUGACGUCAUGUGAUGCAUAGAGAUGCGUAUGUACAUAGUUAUUUCGUAGAGCGGCUUCGACUGCAAGUCGUCAAGCAAGCUUUAAUUGUUUAUAGCGAAAUAAAUUGGAUAGUUUUACAGUGGCCUUGUAUUCGUAUAGACAUUAGUUUUCUGUUUGUGACUUAGUGCUUGCAGUGAGCUCAGGCCUGAUAUAAAGGUAAAUGUUUACAUAAUUUGUUUAUUUAUAUGCAGAUGUGUGAUAUUAGUUUUAGUUGAGUAACUUAAUGAACUUAUUUGAACGAACCACGAAACAAUGUAAAGAGCCGAAACUGUUAGUUUAUGUAUUUUUAUGAUAUUUCUGUUAAUAUAAUUAAACCGAAAUACGCUUAUGAGUAUGUAAUUUUACGCUAAUAGCUUUACGAUAUCGUUCUGAACAUUUAUGAGAUUAGAUUAGGUGUCGGAUUACUAUAAACAUAGGUUUUGCUGUCUAAAAUAUAAUUUCCCCAGUCUGUUUUCAUAUGAGCGCAUUAGUCGUGUGAUACCAAGUUGCUUUUAAGAAGAUAUUAGAUAAAAACUGAACAUAAAUCUAUGAUUUUUCAAAGAAGUUUUACAAUUUAAAUAAAGUAGAGCUAUAAAAUGAGGUCUUAUAUGAUUUGGCCUCUGAAAAUCUGAAAAUGGUUUAUAUAUUAGAUGAUAUAAUUAUAUAUCAGAAAUAUUAACACCAACAAAAUUAUUAAAUUGUUUUUCGUUGGGCUCAAAAUUGUGUUAUAUCAUUGUUAAAGACAAAUGUAUACUUAUAAGAUUAAGCAUUGGUUAGAUCAAGAGAAUUCCAAACAGUUCUUUGAUUAUUGAGAAAUCAAAUUCAGAAGAAAGAUAAACAAUUUGUACAAUAGUGUAUCACAUUUAUUUAAGGUAUUUCAAUAUUUAAUUCCUAUUUAAUUAUACCUGAAAGAAUUCGAUAGGAAGGAUAAUAAGGUCUAUUUUGCAGUAUCAAAUAAUUUUGACAAUAUAAAACCUCUUUUAUGUUUGUUUGUAAACAUUUUUUGAAGGUUUGUAAAGUCUUGCCAUUGUGUUUAUAUUAAUGGUAAUAUAGUAUUGUGUAUCACAAAUAAUGUACUUAAUAUUCUAUCCUUUUAUUGAUUAGAAGUAAAAUAAAUAAUAUUAUUAUGAAUAUAGUAUUUGUUUUAACUCUCACGAAUUAACAUGACAUUUGAAAGCAUUUUCUAUUUGUCUUCGAACCUAGGAAAAUUACGAAUCGUUCUUAAAAUUUUGUAAAAUUUGUAUCAGUGAAUAUUAUCCGUGUAUCAGAGACAGUGUCAGGUCCUACCUCCGAUAGAUCAUAAAUUAUGGUAAAAUGCGUUCCUUUGGAGUCGUAUUAGCAUUUCGAAAAUAGUCGCAAUUUAUUUUUCGUAGAUAGGCCUUUUGGUGUCAUUUUAGUUCGUACGAGUAGUAAAUGCAUUUUUUUUCAGUGACAUUGCACCGAAUCGUAGUAUUAUUAAAUUAUAAAAUUGUGGUUUUUAUUAUUAAUAUUUCACGAGAUUAUUUCCGAAUGGAAUUGUACAAUUUUGUUUGUUUUAAUAUAAGAGUUACAAUAAAUAAAAAUAUUUGUUUCACAAAAAGUGCUUUUCUUCAUUUCCUUUUAACUUCUUAUCUAAAUAUUGUUUUGUUUUUUUAUUUAUCCAAAAUAUUUAUGUUGUUAAUGAGAAAAUUGAGUAGGUUGACCUACUUAUUAUAGCUAUUAUAAAUAUUAUAGCAUUAGUUGCUACAUAUCAUCAUCAUCAUAGUCUAACAGUUUAUUAUAUAAACUGUAUGCGCUUAAUUCCUUUUUACAUUUUG